AGAGUGGGAGCUUAAUUAAAAUUCAACAAUUCGUAGAACAACUCGGGCGUUACUUCUCCACAUCAAUUAUCCGUGACGUGGGCGCCGCCAUGCGAUUGGGAUAAGGGCGGCUGGCAAAUGCAGAGCAGCGCCGACGAGCGUCGAGAAUAUUAUAAAGGACAGAGGGGCAGACGAACUGCAUCGCAGGACGAUAACAGAUCCUAUGAACUGAACGAUUUGCACGCACAGAACCAAAGCAGCGACGUCGACAGCAACCAUCAGCAGGACUCGCCGUACGACCAGCAGCGAAAUGGCGCCGUCGAUGCUGAUGAUGACGAGGAGGACUACUCGAUUUCCGUAUCGGCGAUAAUGCAGAGACGUGCCAGUGUGCGUGGCUACAGAGGCAAACGUGGCAGUCGCAAUUCGCGCCGAGCAUCGAGUCCCAUGGAUCACGUGCUGGACAGUGUGGAGCGGCGGCGCUCCAGUGUUUAUACCACAAGCUCAGAGGAGGGCACCAAUCAGGAGUCCACGCAGGAGCAAAUCUUUGAGAAUAUACGCCUACACAAGGAGGUCAUACAGUCGGUCAAGCUACAGCCAUGGCCCAUACGCAAGAAGCUCAAGCUGGUGCGCCAGGCAAAAACGUAUGUGGCACGCCACGAGGGCGCGCUGCAGGAGCGCUUUGCCAUGUCACGCAGCACGAGAGAUUUGUGGGCGAGGUUUAAAAUUUUAAUGGCAGCGCGCUGGCGGCACUGGAAAAGGGAGACCGCCAGCUUUCUCACAGUGCUCAUACCCUGGGAGCUGCGCAUCAAGGAAAUCGAAUCGCAUUUCGGCUCCGGCGUCGCAUCCUACUUUACAUUCCUGCGCUGGCUCAUGUGGGUCAACAUUAUGAUAGCCAUACCGCUGGUGGCCUUUGUCAUUGGACCGGAGUACUUUGCCACCAAACACGAUGAAGCGGAUCCGCGCAAACGCAUGUCCGAGCCCGAAUACAAAGUGGCUGGGAAUCUGUUUACAUUCUGGGAAUUCGAGGGCUAUCUGAAGUAUUCGCCCAUGUUUUAUGGUUAUUACUCGAGCACUUCCGGCAUCAGCGCAUCCGGCUACAAGUUACCUUUGGCUUACUUCCUAACUGCCGUCCUGGUCUACAUCUACAGCUUUGUGGCCACGUUGCGCAAGAUGGCUGAGAACUCGCGCAAUUCGAAACUUUCCUCGAAGGAUGAUGAGUGUGUGUUCUCCUGGAAGCUGUUCACCGGCUGGGACUUUAUGAUUGGGCACGCAGAGACGGCGCAUAAUCGCAUCGCAUCCGUUGUGGUUGGCUUCAAGGAGGCGCUGCUCGAGGAAGCUGAAAAGAAAAAGGAUAAUCGCAACUGGCGCGUUAUCCUGCAAAGGAUACUGGUGAACAUUUUGGUCAUGGGCUUGCUGGGAUUAUCAGGUGCCACAGUCGUAUUGCUGGUGAAUCAUUCCGAGGACCUGGCCAAGCAUGACAAUUGGCUUAGCCGCAACGCGGUGAACGUGACGAUGACGCUGCUCUCGUUCUUCCUGCCAAUGAUUUUCGAGGCACUGGGCUUGUUCGAGAACUGGCAUCCCAGGCAACAGUUGCGUCUGCAGCUGGCCCGCAUCAUGAUACUGAACAUGCUGAAUCUGUACUCGCUCAUGUUCUCGUUCAUCUACAAGAUUACCAGCAAGGAGAAGCCGCUGCAGCUGCUGAAGCAGGAGAACGAUACCAACACCCAGGAGCUGCACAGCCUGAUGAGCUCCAUUGCGGCGCUCCGUGCGAUGACAACGACCACGCCCAUCUACAGCGACAGCACCUCGGAUGGAUCUCUCGACGACCUGACGACGACUGGGCUGCCCUGGGGCGCCGACGGUGCGGGCACCACUGACUCACUCUACUCGAGCACAGCUCUGGGUGCUGCGUUGGUAUCCGCUGUGCAGAGGCUCAAGUGCUAUAACAUAACUAUAAAAUGCUCAAAACCCAGACAUCUGUGGAUAACCUCGAAAAACAUAACAACCACAUUGAUGUUACUCAAUAUGUCAACCACAGCGAUAUUGCCAACAACCACACCCAGCACCACGGAAGCAACGACAACCACUUGGUCAACUCUGCCACCAACAACUACAACAGAAGCGACUACAAUACCAACUACACUUCCCUGGACUACUUUGCCAACAACGACCACAGAGGCGACAACACCAACCACACCAACAACAACAACAACAACACCCACAUCAACAACGACAACGACAACAACUACAGCAAUGCCAUCAACAACAACAAGCACUACUCAAACUAUGACAACAACAACAACAACAACGACCACCGAAUCGCCAUUCACCACGGAUGAGGACUCAGCCUAUGAUUAUGGCAGUGAUGAGCCAGAGCUGGACUCCUCAACCACAACGACAACACCGGCCCCAGGCAACGACAGCUACUUCAACUACGUCGAUUACUUCGAGGGCGCCGAGCUGGCCGAUCCAGACGAAGACUAUCAGUCAACCACCGAGGAAUCUGAUGAUCCACUGGCUCAGGUGCUGGAGCAAGUGAAUGAGCCGUCAGCGAAUACACGGAAAAGAAGAGCUGUGCCCGAGCCACCCGUUUGGCAUGCGAGCAAAUACAGUCGACGAUAUCGCAAUGAUACGAGACCUAAUUCGGCCACAGCCACAGAGCCGUCAACAGCCGCCAGCACGCCAAGCAGCAGACCCACAUACGUUCCUCCGUAUAGGCCGCCGAAGAGAGUUCUCAGCGAAGAAGAGUGGAAUCGCCUGUUGAGUCAGGUGCGUGGAGGACGCAGCCGAACAACGACAACCACAGAACGGCCCACCACAACCACAACGACGUCUACAACCACAACAAAAAGGACAACGACCACCAGAAGGCCCACAACCACCACAGAGGAGCCCACAACCACAGCUACGGACAGCUUCAGCACGGAAGCGAGCAGCACCGAAUACAGCACCAUCUACAGCCCCACCAGCACCACCGAGGAAUUUGAGUACACUGAUCGAAAUGGGGCCACCAUCACGCCCUUUUUUAUAGGCGCCAAUGAUAUAGCAGACGUGGGCAGCACCGUCUACUACGAUGACGACGAGGAUCUGGAAUAUUGUGUGAUAACCGUGUGUCCGAAGCCUGGCGAAGACAUCUUUGCGGGCAGCACCACACCCGAUGGGUUGGACACCACGCUGAGCGGCGAAGUCAAUCAUCCGACGACGGUAAAAAAGACCCCGCUGGAACUAAAGAUGAUGCGGUUGAAGGAAGUUGAGAUGAAACUCAAACAAAUCCAAAUGAACCUGACGACCAUGUGCUGGGAGACCUCCCUCGGUCAGGAGCUGUCAAAGGUCAUCGUCUUCGAUGGGCUGAUGUCCAUCGUGGCGCCAUUGUGCAUCGACUUCCUGCGUGCGCUCUUUGUGCGAUAUGUCAAUCAAAACUGGUGCUGGGACAUGGAGAAAACGUUUCCACAGUAUGGCGACUUUAAGAUAGCCGAGAACAUCCUGACGUUGAUUAAUAACCAGGGCCAGGUGUGGAUGGGCAUAUUCUUCUCGCCGGGGCUGGUGCUCAUCAACCUUGUCAAGCUGAUGAUUAUGAUGUACUUCAGGUCAUGGAUAGUGCUCACCUGCAACGUGCCCCACGAGGUGGUCUUCAAAGCGUCCAAGUCCAACAAUUUCUAUUUAUCGCUGCUGCUGACCAUGCUGUUCCUCUGCGUGCUGCCCGUGGGCUAUGCAAUUGUCUGGCUGCGCCCCUCCUGGCACUGUGGCCCGUUCUCGGAAUACAAUCGCAUUGCCGAGUUCAUUACGAAUACCACUCGAAACGCGCUGCCCAAACAACUCCAUGAGCCUCUGGACUACCUGACGUCCUCCAGUACCGUCAUACCUUUGCUGCUUCUGCUCAUUCUCAUCAUUUACUAUCUCAUCUCGCUGACGGGCGCACUCCGCGAGGCUAAUCAAGAUCUGCGCACUCAGCUGCAGAAGGAGCGAGAGGAGGAGCGCAAGAAGAUUUUUAAAGUACCCGAGGUUAAGCAGGCGGAACCAACGGCCACCACGCUGACAAAUCGCUGGCGCAAGGUGCUCGAAGCCUCCUCGCCAGUGACGCCCACUCAGCCGCCAGAUUUCGACACUGAGGAGUACAAGAAUCAGGCCAGAAAAGAGCUCAUCUCACGCAUCAUGAAGAAGGCGCUGCGCAAGGGCUCGGCCACCUCGGACGAGGACUCCUUUGUGCGACGCGAUGAUGAUGACACGGACACUGAACACCAAGACUCGCUGCCACACGAUGAGGAGCCCAAGGAGAAGCGCUUUGGCAUGUCACGCCUGCAACAAAUACGGCGCACUCGGAAGCCAUCGCUUGUGGACAUCGUGCAGAUUGCCAAGCAGGAGCGGGCACGUUCCGGUUCCAUUGCGGCAGCCAAUGCGGCACUGGAUGGCGGGGGUGGUGGCGGAGGCAGCAGUCCGGGCACAGGCGUUGACGGCGGCGAUGGGGGCGACCACUUUCCCGUGAAAGAGCCGCAUCCCAAGAGCCGCUUUAAAGUCGACAAACACGAGAAGAAGGAAAGGGAGAGCUUCAGGGAUAAAAGGGACAAGCACAAGCAGCCGCCACACAACGAUUCGACGUCACCCAAGCCCAGUGAACAUGAUGCAGAGACGAAUACUCGCGUUGUCAACGAGCGACGCAUUAGUUUACUGCGUCGCAAACGAGACAAGGAGGAGCACCCGAAGCCAGCGACGCCGGAACCGGAAUCACAGCCACCUCCAGUAAUGGGUGCGGAACAGGCCCCACCCGAAAGCCAGUUUCACAUUGUUGACGAGAAGAAGCCGGUGGAGCUAGAGGAUGAGGAGCAGGAAAAGCCUUACAAGGAAUUGCCGACGCCUCCAAAAGAAGGUGGUCACCUGGAAGGCCUGGGCCUGGGCAAGUUUAAGUUCCGCAAACACAGAUCGAAGGCAAACAGCGUGGCUGCCAAGCCCGAGCCCGAGGUCUUCAAGUUUGAUGAGCAGAGUCUGGAGAAGAGUAAGUCAGGUGAAAUACCACAAGUGCCCAGCUCGGAGCACCUGAACAGCGAGCAGGCCAGUGGCAGUGAGUCGCAUGCCCUGCCCUCGCCCACGCCCAGCCUGAUGCACACUCAGCGCCAGAUGAACUCCGAGAAGCUGGCGUCUCUAUCACGCCAGGGCCGCAAGAAAAUUGGUUCCUUGUUGGCGUUGGUGCGCGAGGCAGUCAACAUCAAGAAGGACGACGUGGAGCAGGGCUCCGAUGACUCACCAGGACCAACCACGCCCACAUACUUGGCAUAUACACCGCCGCCACCGCCUUCGCUCUUGUCGAGCAAUUCGAGCGCCACGGCAUUGGAAAUGCCACCCACACCGGAGCCAGACUCACCGACACCCAGCGCUCCGCUGCACUUUGGCAGCAGCACAUCCUCGGCAGCAAGUCGUCCAACUGUCAAAAUAGCCACAGGAGCCGCUGCCUCAUGCUCGACGCCUACCUUGGCCACCAUGGACGACCUUGAGGAGCUGGAUAUGCCCGGUCCCAUAACGUUUCCCAAACGCAGUGCUUCCCAGCGGCGACGUGCCAUGAGAGAAGACUCCCAAAGCUCCAUCUGGUCUGAUAAUAUACCAACCAUUACCAUCAGCACCACCGGCAGCGAUGAGUGCAUCGUGGACCAGCAGGAUCCAGCAACAGCAGCUGCAGCAACCACACCGGCAGCCGCUGUAAAUGGACUACCGGAACACAGCGAUUCACCUGGACCCACGGUCAACAUCAUAAAGAUCAACAUAGAGGACAGCGAUGAGCAUUAAAUCUAUUUCCAGAACUCUUUCGCUUAGAAACCAAAAGCCACAUAGUCUUCUUCACUAAUGAAAUUGAUUUAGCCUAUUUGCAAUUUAGCUUAAACUUGUUAUAAACAACUUGUUAGCAAAACUCUAAUUGUCUAUCCAAAACCUAUAUAUAUUGAAUAAAAUAGUUUGCUUUCCUUGAAA